AUGUUUCGAGUUACUACAAUCACACAUUUGACAGAUGAUACAACGAGGCCCCUCAUAUGUUUAACCACAAGAAAAGGGUUCAAAUACCUUUUUGGGAAGGUGCCAGAAGGAACUCAGAGAGUAGCUAACACCUUUGGAUCUGAAGUCAAGUUUUCCAAAUUGCAAGGGAUUUUUCUUACCGGGUCAAUUCUCUCGUGGUCGGAUAUUGGUGGCUUGCCUGGGUUCUUUUUGACCGUUAGUGAUGCAACUAAAAAUGGGCUCACCGUAAUGGGUUGCGAAAGAAUACUAUCAUACAUUCUAGCAACAUGGAGACAAUUUGUUUUCCGAAUGGGUAUUAAGUUGCACAUUUUGGAUGCACAAGCAAACCCCACUCUAGAAGAUGAGGAAGUUGUUAUUUCCCCGAUAACAAUCAAUCCAGCCCAUCAAAUAUCACCACCAGAAAAUUCAAGCAAGCUAUUGCGUCAAAUCAAGAAAUUGGCAUCAUUGAUGUUUCCUUUAGAUACUAGUCAAGUCAACAGCCGAGAUCCAGAAUCUUACAAAUCAGACCCUACCCAAAACGAUAUUCAUACACAUGUUCAUUUGCCCUCAGCAUCUGAGGUUGUUACGACUCAAAAAUCAAUUUCAUAUUGUAUUUCUUUUGUACCUGUGCUUGGAAAAUUUGAUCCGAAAAGGGCAGUGGAGCUAGGCUUAACACCUGGUCCUCAAUUUAGAGAUUUGACUAAUGGAUUAUCUGUAGUCAACAAAAAUGGUGAUAUCAUAGCUCCCGAUCAAGUGAUUGCCCCAAAUAGAAUUUUCCGCAAGAUAUUAGUUAUAGAUGUGCCCAGUAAUGACUACUAUGAGAAUACAAUAAAUUCAAAUCGUUGGUUUGAACAUGAUCAAACUAAAAAUGCAGGCGAGGUUGGGUUGGUUUAUCAUAUGUUGGGUCAGGAUUUGCAGUUAGAUUUAUUGGACUACAAAAAGAGGUUUUUAUCGAAAUUUCUGUCUGAUACAUACCAUGUUAUUAGUCAUCCUUCGAUGACAAAUAAUGUAAUUAUGAAUGAUCGUUUCAUUUCGAAUACAAUGAAGAUAAAGUCAAUUUUGAACGAGAAUUUCAACUUGGUCAAUCUGGAAACAUUCAAGCCAUUGUCUGAUAGUCACGUGGAUAGACUACAUGCCUUGCAACUGUAUCAUAUCAAUGACAAUGGGGUAGUACCGGAUUCGUCUGCUGCUAUCAAGACUACAAAUAAAUCCUUAUUUGACGAAGAGGUCGGAUCAUUAGAUAUUCCAAAUGCUGCCGACUUUGAGAGCAUGGAGAAAACCAAGAUUGAAUUGGAUUGUAACAGGCAUAACAACUUGAAAGAUAGAGUGCAAGUUUUUAUGUUGGGAACAGGAUCAGCAUUGCCAGCCAUUUGCAGAAAUGUCUUGGGGAAUUUAAUCAGAGUGCCAUAUCAGGAUGGCUCAGGGACGAUCUCUUAUCGUUCUAUAAUACUAGAUGGAGGCGAAAAUACAAUUGGCAGUUUGCUCCGUCUCUUUGGUCAUGAGAAUGGGAAAGAGUUUUUCCAGAUAUUCCAAGAAUUAUCGUUAAUUCAUUUAAGUCAUUUGCAUGCAGAUCAUCAUUUGGGGAUUGUUUCGUUGAUCAAUGAAUGGUUCAACAUCAACCAAGAUGAAUCGAGAAUAUUGUAUCUCGUAGUCCCUUGGCAAUUCAUUACAUUCUUAAAAGAUUGGUACUCUUUAGAACUGCAGUAUAAUAAAGUGUUUGAUAUGAAUAGGUUGGUAUGCAUUAGCUGCGAAGAUUUUAUGAUGGACAAUAGAACUCCAGAAUUUAUCAAAAUUGACAUGGACAAGUUUGAAGAGUUUUAUGACAAAGGUAAUUUGCACAAACCAAUACCCAGGGAUAGAUUAUUGCUGGUGGAUCGCAAAAAAGUGAAAAAUAUGUAUGAAACCGUGGGAUUGAAUUCUGUUACUACUGUCCGUGCAUUACAUUGUGCCUGGGCGUAUUCAACUACAUUUGAUUUUAAGUUGAACGAAAAUGGCGACACAUUCAAAUUAUCGUUUUCCGGAGACACAAGGCCGAACCCAAAGUUUGCUGAAUGUGGUUAUGGAAGUGACCUUUUAAUACACGAGGCUUCAAUGGACGGGAAUUGGAUUGAAGAAGCUAUAGCCAAAAAGCAUUCUACAAUGAUUGAAGCUGUUGCUGUUAGCAAGCUCAUGAACUGUCCUAAAUUGAUAUUGACUCAUUUCAGUUCUCGUUAUGGUAUAUCCAACAAUUGUGUUCCUAAAAGUGAGUUGCAAAGUUGUGCUGAUAAUUUGGACACGUAUCUUAACAAAAGUCAUUGUGAGCUAAAUAUAUUUCUGUCAGAGUCACCAAGUAACUUGAAUUUGGAAGAGAUAGAUUUGUGGUUUGCCUACGAUUUAAUGGGUGUUUGCUAUGGUGACUUGCAUAAACAGGAGCAGGCGUGGCCAUUGUUGACUGAACUUUUCCCACCAAGUGCUGAAAUAGAUCAUGAGAAAAUUAAUGAAAAAAAGGAAGCAAAGAGACUUGAGAGAUUAGCAAUAAUGAAGGUGAAAAAGAAACGGAAAAUGAGUCCUAAAUAG